GAAAGAGGGAGAGAGAAAGUGCUGUUUUUGCGAGUUAUCUCCGUCAAAGGAUUACGCAUGGCGGUCUGUCCUUUUGGUAUCGCGAGACAAUCUCUGGCAUGCGUAAAACGGAGGGCGAAUCGGGCAUAAAGCUCGUUGUGAGGCUAGCGAAGGGUUCAAAGGAGGAAGGUCGUCUGGCCGCUCUCGAGCGGUUCGAGGACCGGUGAACGCAACAAGGCAAGCAUAUUCCUUGUCUCCUCGGCGACCAGCAACCUCCCUAUCUGUCACCGUCGACGAACAACAGAACAGAUGUCCUGACAGUGGGCCCCGGGCCACCAGGAUGCCGACAGACGACGACUAUGGCCGAAGAGAUCGUCUCCUGUUGCAUCAGCACCCGAUCGCUCAGUACGGGUCUUCAUCAUCCCCGCUUCCCGAAUCGACCGUGUCAAAUUCCAGCAGCGUGGUGGGGCUGCAGAUCAGCCCCAACAAACCUAACGAUUGCUUCAAGCAGCAAACUCAGCAACAACAAUUGCAACAAUCGUCUGACUUGCGUGCAGUCACGAGUACUGCGAGCCAAUUGGGCACGGAGCGCUAUCAGUCGGAUCAGCACACUCAAAACAACGAGCAUGUCGGGGUUCGAAUGGUCGAUCGGCACGAGAAGUCUGCGGAGAAGCCCACGAUCGAUUUCUCGAAAUGCGGAGAAGGACGCCCUUCGAGUUGCGACCGCUUCGGGCAUUAUCAGGCCCAAAGCGGCGAACAUGCGAACCGGAUGGGCAUCGAACGGCAUGAAAAGACUACGGACAAAUCUUCUGUCGAUUAUGCCAAGUGCGGGGAGGCUCGUCAGUCAAACUGUGAGCGUUAUGGACAUUAUCAGGCCCAGAACGGUGAUCAGGCCCAUGUGGUGGGUGUUCGAAUGGCCGAGCGGCACGAGAAACCACCCGACAAGCAGGCUAUCGACUUCACCAAGUGCAUCGGUGACGGUCGACAGCCGAACUGCGAGCGUUUCGGACAUUAUCAGACUCCGACGUUCGGUCAGUCACCGUUGCAAGGGCACUACGGGGCGGUGCGAACCGCCGAUCGCUUCGCACGCUUUAAUGACCUCAGCGCGUUGCACGGUACAGAGCAACGGGGAGUGGUGGUGGUGCCGCCGCCGACGUGCGCGGAUCGUUACUCAAUUUGCAACCCGGAGCUACGCUUCGACACGAGUACGACCACGAACGAGGCUGGUGAGUAUGCGAACGCGAACGCCCUCGCGAGCACCUUCUCCACGGAGACGUUCCCGUCGCCGCCAUCGCCGGCGCCGGCGAAUGACCGAUUCGUCCCACCACCGCCGUUAUCGCCUAGCCCGAGCGAAAAGUACGCAUCGAGCCAGAGCUUGGCUGGUUACCCUGUUGCUGAUCGCAUUCUACCCCCCAAUUCUCCGGGGUCCAAGUACGGAGCCGGCGGCACCGCUCCAGCAUCGCCAAUGCCCUCCAAGGAGCGUUUUGCCUCCGCCGAACGGCUGCUGGCCGGUCAGCAGUCAGUCGCAGGUGAUGCCAAGGAUCAGCAACGCUACGCUGGACCAUCUGAUCGCUUGCUCUCAGGCUCCUCACCAGUCCUGGGUGGACUUCAGACUGGACUCCAAAGUAAUAGCCUCUACGCCAAGGAUACCCGUUAUACCGCCAUUUCCGCUGAUAGGUUAUUAUCCUCCUCGCCGAUACACGCUCCGGUGCCAGAGAGGUUCAUCGGCAAGUCGGAACGGUAUUUGGCCGAGUCGCCUAUUCACGACAGGUAUCCUCGACAGGAUCCGACAACGGGAACACAUCAUGAACGAUAUUCGGCGAUGGCGACGGCCACCGAGAGGUUCCUUUCGAAUUCGCCUAAUCCUGAGAGCGCACAUCAGCGUUAUUCAUCUUCGGAUCGCUCGUCUCUUCAAGCCACGUCCAGCAGCAUCGAACAAACUCGACGUCUCUACACCGACAGAGGCGUCGAGACGGUCUGUCAGAAAUAUACGGAUCGGUCGACCACCUCCCCAGCGUCUGCCGACUUCAAUCGGUACUCCGGUUUCCCAGAGGUCAGCGCAAGUCAGACGCGAUAUGUGUCUAGCAAUGACCGUUUUAACGAUCUGGCGCAACAACGUUGCGGCCAGUCGCGCUCAUCGGCCGACAGAUUUUCCAGCGAUCGCUAUCUCGCCGGAUCGUCACCAGCGCACGAUGGCAGAUUGUCCAACGCCGAGACGCCGCGCUACAUCGUCUCCUCCACAGAACGUUUACUGGCGCCGACGUCUUCCUCGCCAACCUCUUCUUCGGAAACCGGUACCAGAUAUCACUCUCCCUACAUGACCACUACUGGCACCCAAUCAUCAGCGUCCAGCGAUCGUUUUGCGUCAAUAUCACCUGAAGCGUCGCCGAGCGUUCACCGCGGUAAUGGCAGCGGUGGCAGCGGCAGCAACGGUAGUAGCUACCAAAAUACGAAGAGUAACAUUGACAAGUACCUAGUCUCGAAAUCAGUUCAAAGCAGCUACGAUCGCUACUCUGUCAGUGACCAAAGUGAUCAUCAGUACGGCCAAGACCGAUACUUCGCAUCCGGAAGCAGUAACGACCGAUUUCAGACCUCUACCGGAAGUGAUCGCUUCCAUGCUGCUGCUGAUCGCUACUCGCCAGCGCGCAGCGUUGCCGACAAAUAUCUGUCCUUGCCGAAGCCCAAAGACAGGUUCACCGGCCGCAUAACACCCAUCUCCUGCACUACCGCCGUUGCAACGUCGUCUACCGAUCGUUCCUACGGUUCAUCCAGCGUGAGUUAUGUGCCUCCAACCGCGCAUACUCCUGUCGAGCGAUAUAUACCUCAGCCGCCACCGGAAGUGCUCUAUCCGGAUAGGUACGUGGACAGGUACGUGCCGCCCGCGGUACACACACCGACAGAUCGAUAUGUACCUGCAAACGACCCCGGCGAUCCGUAUAUGCGUCGCGAUCUCGGCUUUCACCAUCAUUAUCGGCUACCACCGCCCGCCGGUUAUCCGUACCAAACGCAUUUCCGCUUUCGUGGGUUCGCGUAUGCCACGUCCAGCCGGCUCGGCGGCAGCCCUGGCUCUAGCAGCUCCAGCAGCACGACGUCUAAUCAGCGGGAGACCUUCGCUACUUCGCCAUUGUUGAGGCCUAAGGUGCGCGCAUCUACGGUCGAGUUCGCUACUACUGCCGGCACUGUCGGCGGCGCCGCGACUACCACGGCGACUGUUGGCGUCGGUGUCACCGUUGGUCGUCACGUGUGCGCGAACCCGGUCGCUUGUUGCGGAGAUACGUCCACGAACGGAAGAACCUGCUGCCAAAUGAGGAGGUCCCUGCCACCCGGGACGCUACCAACAAUACCCGCGCAGACUUCGUCAUGAAACUCUUUUAAGGACCUAAACACAUAGAAGUCAGA